AUGAGUGAUGGGAACCCCUAUAACCCGAACCUACCUCCAACCUCGCCUCGUCCCAGUAAUGCUAGACCUGCAUCAUCCUCUCCUUGUCCCAGUAAUGCUAGACCUGCAUCAUCCUCGCCUCGUCCCAGUAAUGCUAGACCUGCAUCAUCCUCUCCUCGUCCCAGUAAUGCUAGACCUGCAUCAUCCUCUCCUCGUCUCAGUAAUGCUAGAUCUGCAUCUAGAGGUCACCUCAGAACUGGUUCUUAUGGGAGCGGCCGACACAACUUGGCGAGUAGAGCAGGGAGUGAUGUCAACUCCACAGCUGGAUCGGUCUGGUCAGACCACACUCAUGGAACUGAAAAUACUUACCUCCGCGAGUUCAAACCUUCCUUUUCUUCUUACUCUCAGUACAUAUUCACGGUGCUAGCAGCCGUUAUCAGUGCUAAAGAGAUCUGGAGAUUUCCGUACACUGUCAUGGGACAUGACAGUGGUAUAUUCGUCCUGCUCUACCUUAUCAUGACUCUGAGUGUCGGAAUUCCUUUGGUUUACUUGGAACUAAUCAUUGGAGUCCGCUUCAGAGUUGGUGCAAUCAAGUGUUUUAAUGCUAUGGGGGAGAGAGCUACAGGUAUCGGAGUAUCCCAACUGGUUCUAUCAUUCCUAAUUCUAGUGUACCAGCCUCUAAUAAUGGCCUGGUCUCUUUACUUCAUAUUCGUCUCGUUUGGUACCAUGACUACAAUCCCUCCUUGGUCAACUUGUCCUGUUAUCAACGGAACCAUGUCCACAUGUUGUAUCCAGGACUCUUCCACAUACUAUUGGUUUGAAGGGGUGCUGAACGUAUCGACAGGGUUGGCAGACCCAGAACCAACUCACCAGACUCACCUGGUUGUUUGUUAUGUUAUCACCUGGUUCAUCGCUUAUCUGUGUAUUCUCCGGGGCGUGAGGAUAUCGGCGAUGAUAUCCUAUGUAACGGUAACGAUACCCCUGAUGAUCCUGCUGAUUAUUUUUGUACGAGUUUUGUUCCUGGACGGAGCUCUUAUCGGAUUAGUAACGUUUAUAACUCCAAAUCUCGGUGAUAUGAACAGAAUAUCUGUACCCUUGAUGCUGCUCGAUCUUAUGUCCCAGGUGAAUGUUUAUGGAAGGGACCCGGGAUACCCCACAUUUGAGGCUCUGCUCAUUGGUUUCCUUAACAUGACAGUGUCAGUUGUCAGUGCGCUAAUACUCUACGCCAUUAUAGGACAUCUCAUGGUGACUAAAAAACGAACGAAGCAAGAGGUAUUCGUGUCACGAGGAGCAAGUGUGGUUUUCUCUGUAUUCCCAAACAUCUUCAGUUAUUUCCUCGUUCCUAAUAUUUGGAGCAUUCUCUUCUUCGUGGCUCUCGUCCUUAUAUCCAUUGACUCCAUGUACUGUCAUGUAAACGCUGUAACGUUGUCCCUGAUGGAGGUAGGAGGUUUCCGUUACAUCCCUUACAGUAUCCUGUCACUGGUGAUAACACUGACAUGUGCGUUAACAGGUCUACCCUUUCUAAUGGGUAAUGGGGUGUACCUCUUCGAGGCAAUGGAUGGCACUAUUAAUCCAGUUAUCUGCAUGGCGGUUAGUAUUUAG